AUGACCGCCGCUUCAUCUUCACGAUCUCCAUGCCUUAGUGCGAGCAGACUCUACAUUGUUUUCCACCAAGUCCUCUUCCUGGUCACUGGUCUCAUUACAACAUUGGGAGUGCAAUGGCUAUUCUAUACUGGGGCUGCAACUGGUGACAGUUAUCUUACACAGCUCUCUCAAUACAUUGGUAUGGUCCUGGUGGGUCUUCUUAUUCCAGUCAUAUUGGCAAGACAACGCAAAAUGCAUCAGUAUACGACUGUAUCCACCCAUGCUGAUGAUGGAGAAGACGAGCGUCAACGGAUAAGCAUGGAAAUAUUGGAUGAUGGAGAAGAUGAUAAAUCACGAAGCACUGAUGAGGUGGCAGCAGCAGCAACUACAGCAGCAAAUAAUCAAGAUGUUGUCGAUGGUCCAAUCAAGCACAAGUCUGUGUUCAAGUUAGCGGUGCUGGAUGUGGUAGCCAACUUUUGCGUAACCCUGGGUUUUUCAGUGAUCGGCAGCGGGAUGUAUCAAGUGAUCUAUAGCAGUGUCGUGAUUUGGUGCGCUAUUCUUACCUACAUCUUCAUGGGCCGUACUCUUACUCGUCUACAAUGGAUCGCCAUCUUCGGUACAAGUGCAGGCCUUGCCCUGAGCUCAUUCGGCAACUUUGGUAUCAAUGGCGACAACGAGGAGGAUCAAGGCGCUGCAAAAUUAAUGCUUGGCACCAUCAUGACAAUGGGAGGAACAUUUUUCUAUUCAUGCGUAUACGUGUAUUCGGAUUGCAUAUUGUCAAAACAGAUACCCCCACCAUUGGCUGCACGUGUAUGCUAUACCACAGGACUUUAUGCGACCGCUAUGUCAAUCCUUUGGGUCGGCAUUUACACUCUUCCCCAAUUGGAUUCGCUUGUCAACAUUGACCCAGAGGUGAGCACGCUUUCAGUGUCGGCCAUGUAUGCUCUCGUGACAAUUGCAAAUGCUACCCAUUCUUGGAAUUACUAUGAGCUGGUUGAUCGGACAGGCAAUGUCGCUACCGGUAUUUUGCAAGGACUACGUGCGAUUUUGGUUUAUAUUCUCAGUCACUUGUGGUACUGCAAUACCGAUGCAGCCCAAUGCUUUACGACAUACAAAGGAUGUGGAUCAGUAUUAGUCAUAGGAUGUGUAUUGCUUUUCACUGUUGGAGGAAAGGAUAAAGGAAAAAGAUAA